AUGGCGGAAGGCAAGCUGACUCCGAUCAUAGAAACAGCACCUCCAGGCCUCAAAAAGAAUCUCUUGCGGACCUAUGAAUCUUGGACACCAGAGCAAAUUAAUAAAAAGGGAAAUUUGUCUAGAGCGCAUUCUCUCUUUUGUUUAGCAUGGUUUCAUGCUGUAUGCCAAGAAAGAAGAAAUUAUAUUCCUCAGGGUUGGACCAAGUUCUAUGAAUUUUCUUUAUCCGAUCUCCGUGCUGGUUUUGACAUUAUUGAUAGACUCUUUGAGGGUUCCAAAGAUUUUCAGUGGGAAUUUGUGCAUGGCUUGUUUGAAAACGCAAUUUAUGGAGGCCGUGUAGAUAAUUACUUCGACAUGAGGGUUCUUCGGUCCUACUUGGAACAGCUUUUCAAUUCACGAGUCAUUGGCAGUUUAAAUGCUAGAGGCAAGAUGACUAGUUUCCCGCAUUCAAUAUCUUUACCAAAUUCCUGCAGUAUUUUGGAUUAUCGUAAUAUUAUUGAAAGACUUCCAGAAGAUGAUAAACCUGACUUUUUUGGCCUGCCUGCUAAUAUUGCUCGUUCAUCACAACGUAUGAUCAGUUCCCAGGUCAUUUCACAGCUUCGGAUCCUGAGCAGGUCAGUAACUGCAGGCUGCAAAUUUGACAGAGAAAUAUGGUCUACUGAACUUUCUCCUGUUCUCAACCUAUGGAAAAAACUUAAUCAGAAUUCUAACCUGAUUCAUCAGAAGGUGUCUCCUCCUGUGGAGCAACAGGGAUCUCCGAUCUUAUCAUUCAUUACUCUGGAACAAUUCAAUGCCAUUCGCCUGGUGCAAAAUGUCCAUCAGUCACUUGCUUCUUUAAGUAAAGUCAUCAGAGGUACCUCAUUACUGAGUUCUGAAGUACAAAGACUAGCAAGCGCUCUGCUAAAUCAAAAGUGUCCUCUUUCAUGGCAAAACAAGUGGGAAGGUCCGGAAGAUCCUUUACAGUAUCUUAGAAGUCUUGUAGCUCGAGCACUUGCUAUACAGAAUUGGGUAGGAAAAGCAGAGAAACAGCAACUACUGUCUGACACCCUUGACCUUUCAGAGCUAUUUCAUCCAGACACAUUUCUCAAUGCCUUACGCCAGGAGACUGCAAGAGUAAUGAGCUGUUCAGUGGACAGCCUUAAAUUUACAGCAUCAUGGAAAGGGCGAAUACACGAAGGCAAACUCCAAGUUAAGGGAAUUCCCAAAAUAAGUUUUCUACGCUACAUCUUCCAGCAG